AUUGAUGGUUAAAACGUUAUUGCCAACUCUGGGAUCGAGUUAGUUUGCCAACGCAAUCGUUGACGUGCGGAUGAUGUGCAGAAAUUGAUUGAGAAUCCAACGUGUAUACGUGCUCCUCCAGUGUAAACAGUGUCAAGUGCCCCCAGGGAGAGACCAAGACAAAUAUAGAGAGAGAGAUAGAUCUACUCAUAAGGAUAAACCAUAAACAAACACUUCAUCAUGGCCAGCCUCUCAUUACCCAACAUGGAGACGGGUCUGCACGAACGCGAUCGUGCUGGAGUUCAGGACUUUGUGCUGCUCGAGAAUUAUGAGAGCGAGGAUGCAUUCAUUGGCAAUCUGAAGAAGCGGUUCCAGGAGAACCUCAUCUAUACCUACAUUGGUCAGGUGCUCAUCUCGGUGAAUCCCUACAAGCAGCUGCCCAUCUACUCCGAUGCCCACAUCAAGGAGUAUCGCAACAAGCACUUUUAUGAGAUGCCACCUCAUAUCUUUGCGGUGACGGACAACGCUUUUCGCUCCCUCAUCGAGGAGAAUCGCGGUCAGUGCGUGCUCAUCUCGGGUGAGAGCGGUUCCGGCAAGACGGAGGCUUCCAAGAAGGUCUUGCAAUACAUUGCCGCCUGUUCGGGUCACCAGACAACCGUUGAGGGCGUCAAGGAUAAGCUGCUGAAGAGUAAUCCCGUGCUGGAGGCCUUUGGCAAUGCCAAGACGAAUCGCAAUGACAACUCCUCUCGCUUUGGCAAGUACAUGGACAUUCAGUUCGAUUACAAGGGUGCUCCAAUUGGUGGCAACAUCUUGAACUAUCUGCUGGAGAAGUCACGAGUGGUGGCCCAAACUGCUGGAGAGCGUAACUUCCACAUCUUCUAUCAGCUGGUGGCGGGUGCGGAUGCCACACUGCUGCAGGAGCUGCGCCUGGAGCGUGCUCUGGUCAGCUACAGUUACCUGAGCGAUGGGGUCAAUGGCAGCGUAGCCAGCAUCAAUGAUGCUGAUAACUUCAAGCAGGUGCAGCAGGCACUGAGUGUCAUCGAUUUCAGCGGCGAGGAGCAGCGUGAGAUCUUUAGCAUUGUGGCGAGCAUACUGCAUCUGGGCAACAUUGGCUUCAACGAGGUCGAGGGCAAUGCCCAGGUGAACAAUCGUGAUCUGGUUGUCACCAUCUCCCGCCUGCUCGGUGUCAAUGCCAGCGAACUGGAAGCGGCGUUGACGCAUCGCACCAUCGAUGCACGUGGCGAUGUGGUGACUUCACCACUGAACCAGGAGCUGGCCAUCUAUGCCCGAGAUGCCUUGGCCAAGGCUGUCUACGAUCGCAUGUUCUCCUGGCUGGUGCAGCGUCUGAACAUCUCGUUGCAGGCGAAGGAGACGCGUGGAGCACGUAACAAUGUCAUGGGCAUCCUGGAUAUCUAUGGCUUUGAGAUCUUCAAGCGGAACAACUUUGAGCAGUUCUGCAUUAAUUUCUGCAAUGAGAAGCUGCAGCAACUGUUCAUCGAGCUGACCCUCAAGUCGGAGCAGGAUGAAUAUAGACGCGAGGGCAUUGAAUGGAUUCCCGUGGAGUACUUCGACAACAAGGUCAUUUGCAAUCUGAUUGAGGAGAAGCACAAGGGCAUCAUCUCGAUUCUGGAUGAGGAGUGUCUGCGGCCGGGUGAACCCACCGAUCGCACCUUCCUGGAGAAGCUCACCCAGAAGCUGGCCGAGCAUCAUCAUUAUGUGUGCCACGAGAAGGCGCCAAUCCAUGUGCAGAAGAUCAUGGGACGUGAUGAGUUCCGUCUGGUGCACUAUGCCGGCGAGGUGACCUACAGCGUCAAUGGUUUCCUGGACAAGAACAACGAUUUGCUGUUCCGCGAUCUCAAGGAAACCCUGAGCAAGGCGGGCAACGCCAUUGUCCGCUCCUGCUUCCCGGAACAGGAGCUGCGCAGCAAGAAGCGUCCCGAGACGGCCAUAUCACAGUUCAAGACCUCGCUGAACAACUUGAUGGAGAUUCUGAUGUGCAAGGAGCCCAGUUACAUUCGCUGCAUCAAACCCAAUGAUCUGCAAUCGCCGGGCAUCUUUGAUGAUCAGCUGGUGCUGCAUCAGGUCAAGUAUCUGGGUCUCAUGGAGAAUCUGCGUGUGCGUCGUGCCGGCUUCGCCUACAGACGCAGCUAUGAUCUCUUCCUGAAUCGCUACAAGUGCCUGAGCAAGAACACCUGGCCCAACUACAAGGGAGCUGGCGGAGCAAAGGCUGCUGUCCAGUUGCUAGUCAAGGAUCUGGGCUAUGACAACGAAAAGUUUAAGAUGGGCGAGACGAAGCUCUUCAUCCGCUGGCCACGCACACUCUUCGACACGGAGGAUGCCUACCAGGCGAAAAAGCACGACAUUGCUUCAAUCAUUCAGGCACACUGGAAGGGUCUGCUCCAGCGCCGCAAGUACCUGAAGCUGCGUGCUCUGGUCAUCAGUCUGCAGAGCUACUGUCGCCGUCGUCUGGCCCAGCAGGCGGCGAAGCAGCGUCGCGAAGCCGCCGACAAGAUUCGUGCCUUCAUCAAGGGAUUCAUAACGCGCAACGAUCCGCCAAAUGGAUUCAAUGAGGAUUUCAUUGCGAAUACCAAGCGCAUGUGGCUGCUGCGACUGGCCAAGGAGCUGCCCACCAAGGUGCUCGACAAAAGUUGGCCCUCAGCUCCUGGACAUUGCCAGGAGGCGUCCACGUAUCUGCAUCGCUUGCACCGCCUGCAUUUGGCCAGGAUUUACCGCUUGAAGCUGACGCCGCAGCGUAAGCGACAGUUCGAGUUGAAGGUUCUCGCCGAGAAGGUCUUCAAGAAUAAGAAGAACAACUAUGCGGGCAGUGUUCCCGCCUGGUUCCAGGACGAUCGUGUGCCCAAGGAUCACAUCCAGCGUGUCAAUGACUUUGUGGCCAGCACAUUUGGCAGCGAGCAACUCAAAUAUCAGUCAGUCUGCACAAAGUUCGAUCGACAUGGUUACAAGUCACGCGAACGCUUCAUCCUGCUCAGCAACAAGGCUGUCUAUGUCCUGGACGGCAAGAGCUACAAGCAGAAGCAUCGCCUGCCUCUGGAGAAGAUUGACUUUACGCUGACGAACCACAACGACGACUUGAUGGUGAUACGGAUACCGCUGGAACUUAAAAAGGACAAAGGCGAUUUGAUCCUCAUCAUUCCACACAUCAUCGAGUUCUGCACCUACAUCAUUGACACUGUUGGCACCGCCAACAUCGUUUCCAUUGUGGACAGAGAUUCGCUGGAACACAACGUGGUCAAGGGAAAGGGUGGUGUCAUAGACAUCCAAACGGGCUCCGAGCCGGGAAUUGUGCGUGAUAAGAGCGGCCAUCUUGUUGUUAUUGCUGGUCAAUAAGGAAUUUAACACAAAUACCUAAUUAAUGGCUUUAAAUCAAACGACAAUUGUUUUGUUACCUAUAUUCGUGUAAUUUAUACUGUAUUUUUGUAUUUUGUUAAUGCAACGAGGCGUGUAAUUUUGAUUUUAUAUAUGUAUGUAUUAUGUUCCGCUAUUAAACGUAUGCAACUGUUUAUAUAAAUCUUAUAUUUAUGUGAGCUUAUAUUUAA